CUAAGCAUGAAGAAUAAGGCUGGGAGGAAGGAAACCAACAGGAGGGCUAAAGGAGGGAAGAAGAGUGGGAAUAGAGGGACUAUAAGGUUGUUGCCGUCGCAGAUGCAUCCGUAUAAAUCUAUCAAUGUGAUAUAUGAUGAGAAUCAGAAGAGGUGUAAGAGAAGGAGGAAAAGGAGGAGUAAGAUUUCGAGGAAUAAGUUUGCAAGUUUGGUCAAUAGAUCUGCUGAAGACCAAAUUGAUCAAGAGGAAGGUGAGAAAGAUCACAUAGAAUUGCUAUCUGAAAGCAAGACUACUAAAGCAACAAAAUUGCCAAAAAUUGGACUUGCUAGGGAGAAAAGUGAAACUAAGUUAGAAGAAAAUCAAGAUUAUCCUAUUGGAAGAAGCAAAAAGCCUGAUAGUUCCCUUAAUUCAGAUAAAGAAGUAGAACUUUCAAAACCUCAGUUAAACAAUAGCAGAACUAACAAAUCUGUUGAUAUUGGAAAGAAGAAUAUGACAAAUUCAUCAGAUAUUUCAAUAAGCAGUGACUUUCAACCACUGAUCAAGAGAAUUCAUCGAUCAAAGGGACCUAAACAAGGAGUUGACAUGUUCAAUGCCUUAAUUGAGAAAAAGACCUCCUCUUUUCAGUUAAAAAUUCUUCGCAACAGAGUGCAAAAACUUGAAAUGGAAGAAAAGAAAGCUAGGAGUCAGAUUGAAAAUGCUAAAAGAAGGUGAGAAAACCUUGAAAAACUCCAAGAAUACAAAUUGAGAGAACAGCGCAGGAAAGACCAAAAUUUAUUGAAGUCUCAGCAACAGCUUGAAAAAAGGAAAUAAAAUUAAUAUGAGGGAAAGAGAAAGAAUCAGAAGAGAGAUUGCUUUAAAAAGAGAAACCAGGAUAGAAAGUAAUAAGACGCUUAAAAACCUGAUAAACAAUGAAACAAAGAAUCGCUUGGCAGAAAGUGAGAAGCUGAUCCAAGCUGAAAAGUCUAAUAGAUACCUUAUCAACCAGAAAAGACUGGAAGAUAAGAAGAAUGCAAAUACUCUGAAAAUAAGCAUGAGAAAUAUGAAUAAUGAGCAGAACAGGUUUAUUUACUUGAAGAAACUAAAGGACACUCAAAAAGACUCUUUUCAAAACUACUCUAGCAUGCAGCGCUUCGAAAAGAAAGAAAAAGAAAUGAUCGAAAAACUCAGGAGUACUAUGGCUGAGGUCACAAAGAUCCAGAACAGAGUAAAGAAGUUUGAAUAUGGAAAGUCCCUUGAAGUAGACUCAAAGGCUCCGAUGAACCAGGAUCUUUAAAAGCUAUGAUUUUAGGAAACUUAGUAGAAAAGAACUGCAGAAGUGAGGAAGAUUCCUAGAAUAGAUCCUUUCUACUAAGAUUCCUUCAAUUUUAUAAAA